CAUCACCCACCUCCAGCAUCAAGCGCGAAAGCCAGAGCACCGCUCCCCGGCGCCAUGGCUUCCCCGCCCCCUCCCCACCCGCACCAACACCAGCUUCCACCGCACCAGCUCUCCCAUCCGCAGUACCAAGCCCCGCCGCCUCCUUCGAUGCCGCCGCCGGCAUCGGCGCCGUCAAAGGCCUUCGAUCUGGAGGUCACCGUCGUCUCGGGCAAGCACCUGAAGAACGUCAACUGGCGCCGCGGCGACCUCCGCGCCUACGCCGUCGCCUACCUGGAUCCCUCCCGCCGCACCGCCACCCGCCCCGACGACGCCGGGGGCUGCAAGCCCGCCUGGAACGAGCGCAUCGUCCUCCCGCUCCCGCCCCACCUCUCGCCGCACGACCCCUCGCUCAUCCUCUCCCUCGACGUCUUCCACUCCAAGCCGUCCGACUCGCCCAAGCCGCUCGUCGGCUCCGCCCACUCGCCCCUCCGCGACCUCCUCUUCCCCGCCAACCCUAACCCUAGCUCCGACUCCCCCGCCUCGCCCAUCAUCACGCUCCCGCUCCUCCGCCCCUCCGGCCGCCCCCAGGGCAAGCUCCGUAUCCGCGUCGCCCUUCGCGAGCGCUCGCCUCCUCCUCCUCCUGAGCCCCAGUAUCCGCCCCCUUCCUCCUCCCCCUACUAUUUCCCACCCCCUCCACCCCCCGCUUACUCCGCCCCGCCGCAAUACGGCCUAGACCAGUACUACCGUCCCACUGGGUACUACUCUGCCCCACCGCCUCCAUCUCAGUACGACUACACCGGAGGUCCCUCCGCACCUGUGGAGUACGGCAGGCAGUAUGAGCAGAGAGCAAGGACUGAAGCUGUGCCUGGGCAGUAUGAGCCAAAAGGAAGGGCUGAUGCUAUGCCUGGACAGUAUGAGCAAAGAGGAAGGACUGAGGCUGUGCCUGGGCAGUAUGAGCAGAAAGGUAGGACUGAGGGUGUGCCUGGGCCGUAUGAACAAAGAGGAAGGACCGAGGGUGGGACUGGAAGCGGAAGGUAUGGAUUAGGCACUGGGCUUGCUGUGGGCGCAGUUGCUGGUGCUGUCGGAGGGCUUGCGAUCGAUGAAGCUGCGAAGUACAAGGAGGAGAAGGCGGCAGAGAGGGUUGGAGACAAGGUGGCGCCUGCUGGAAGGGACGAUUACAGCGAGUACCGCGGCGAGUAUUGAUGGGAGUUCAGGUGGCUGAGGAUGCGCUGUGAGUUGGUUCCUCUCUGUUCCUGUCAGUGUGGGAAUAAAGUUGCACUGUGAUUUCGUGGUUUGCUCUGUAUAUGUAUAUAUUUGCUUCAGCCACAUGAACUACUAUUGCGCUUGUGCUUAUGGCCUUAUGCUUGCAAUUAAGACAUACUAUUUGGGUUGUAUCAAGAAGGUUUCGUGAUUAGCUUUUAAGCUGUAAUUGUAACUUGAUGCCUCUGUAUAAGGUAGUAUCUCUUAUCUGAGUUGUGUCAUA